AUGGUGCCGAACAGGUCCCAGACUGUUCUGACAAAUGUAGACUCUCCGACAUGAACAAUGGUAUUUGUGACACGGCUUGCAAUAUCAGUUUCUGUGAGUGGGAUGGCGGAGACUGCAAUGUUGUUGCCGCAGAUACAAAUCAAAAAUCAGUUAUCAAGCAACACGGACCAUUCUACGGAAGCCUUGUGUAUACGUCACUUGCGUAUAAUAAAGCAUUUGGAUAUGUGCAUAGAAAUGUUCCGGCGCAUGUACCGUACAUUACAGACAUAGCGGUAAUGAAUGAACUUCAGGACAAAUUUCCAGAAGAGUGGGCGAGAACUUCAGCAAACAGAUUUCGUGAUCCGCACAGCUUCCAACACGCCUUUGCAUUUUACCACUUUUUGUUGAGGCCUCGACGAAAUGUGUGUGGCAGAGAAAGGACACCCCCAAUGUAAACAAUAAGUUCAAGCAUAAUACUGAAUAUGAACUCCUGUUUGUGAGCUGUUUUGACUUGGAGAGAAUUAUCUUUCAGUCAUAUUUAUGUGUGCAGCAAAGGGUCGAUUCAGAUGAGAAUUUAGAAAUUAUUACUCGUCAAAAUCACUGUAAUACACUGUAUUGUCAAUAGUUUUCUAUUGUAAUGUAUAAUCUAAAAAUAAAAAAAAUAAACCUAAAUGAUGCCUAGGGUCCAACCAAGUAACAAAACAGCCAGUUCGAUGUAACUGAACCUGUGUAUAAAAGGAAUGAAAUUUCUUCCAAACCAGACGAGGAUUUCUGAUAUCGUUACCGGUGCUGGAAAAAUCCAUCUUACACCCCCGGGCUGUAAGAUGACUCUCGUGCUGUAAAUGACGUAUAACGAACUACAUAUAUGUAGCAGAUUUAUGUAAUAAUUUAUAUUUUAUUUUAAAAACGGAAUAAAAAUUCAAUACGUUGACUGUUCCCAUUGGUUCCUGAUAGUAUAUUUCUCGAUUCAAAUCACGUUAUUUUAUCAAAAAUUCGUAACGUUACGCUGUAACUGAUGAAACAAAACCGGAACUAAACAUUGUUGUUUGUUUUGAAGCAUCAUGACGUCUUUCCUGUUUACGGACGUUGGUUUCCCGUGCUUUGUUUAAAUACACUGCC